GGAUUCUCAUGGAUUCUGUAGGAACAUUUAUGAAUCUUGAAUGCUGAAAUUCCAACUGACAUUUUUUGUUGCUGGUUCAGGUGCUUUUCUCUGUGAAAACAACUUUUUGUUUAGUUUGAGGAUUUUUGUGAAACAAGCUUGUAACUAGGAUAGGAUAUAUCAUGCAACUCUAAAGGAUUUGUAAAAGACCAUGCCAUGGUUACUUAGCAAAAUAGAUAUCUACAUUUCAUCUAUAGGGACAAUUACUUUAAAAUGAGUGAACUGAUACUGAGUAAUUAUAGUAAAGACAGAAAGAAAAUGUUCGACAGCUUUGUCACUAACUGUUUUAGUUAAUUAUGAAUCAUCAUCCACACAAAUUCUGUGCCCACUGUCACACGUGCAAAGACCAGAGAAAGAGUCAUGUGUUUGGAAAAAUGGGAUUUGUUAUUCCGGAUAAUGUUCAGACUUGGAUUUAUUCUCAAAUGCUACCAUGUGAUGUAAUGGAGACCAUGGCCAAGGGACUAAAUGGAUUUGAUGAAUUAAAGAAAUAUAUAAGGCAAGGGAGUGAAUUCUGUAAAGAAGUAGCCUUUAUUGUACAGGAAAGAGCUGACUUAGAAAGUACCUACUCUAAAGGAUUGACUAAAAUUGCAGUGAAACUUCUAAAAGCUUCACAGAACAGCUCUGGGAGUUUAACAGAUGGCUGGAAGGCAGUAGCUUCCAGUAUAGAGGUGGAGGCAGAAUUACACAAAAAUUUAGCAACAGCUUUAUUAGAAGACAUAGCAAAACCACUGAAACAAUUAGUUGAUGGUCAGCACAAAACUAGAAAACCUAUCGAAAAUUCAGUAGAUAAGGCGCUGAAAACACUUACAGAUAAAAGAACCGAAGAAAAUAGGGCAAAGAAGAAUGCAUAUGAUUGUGCCAAAUCACAUGAGAAGGCUGAGGAAUCAAAACAGGGGAAAGCCAAAACAGAGAAAGAUAUAAAUAAGACAGAGAAAAAACAGAAGCAGGUAUUGGAUGCUUUACGGAAAGCUGAUAAACAUUACUGUGAGAGCUGCGAGAAAGCUGAGGUAGCUAGACAGGAGUGGGACUUCAAUGUUAACAAGGCAAAUGCCCAGUUACAGAUGCUAGAAGAGGAAAGAAUAGCAAAAAUGAAUGAUUUUCUUAACCAGUAUAAUAGUCAUAUAUCAAUGUUAGCACCAAAAUUAACCCAGAGUUGUGAAAAAUUACAUCAGUCAGUUUUAUCUGUUGAUAUUGCUGGUGAUAUAAGAAAUGCAGCCAAACAACGGACCACUCACUAUACUCCAGAACAAAUACUCAUAGACUGCUAUGCAGAAGAUAAACAGUUUACAAUGAAAGCUGAACGGCGGAAAAUUGCAUUACAACAUUAUUUGUUACAAAUACGUCAGUCUAUAGAAAGGGAACAAAAAGGCAGGGAAGGUGUGGAGAAGUUGGUGGGUGUGUACAAAGAAAGACCAAAUUUUGCUGACCAGGAUGCACAGGAAGAAGCAAGGCAAAGAUUAAACCAGGUGAUAUUUAUGACCAAUUUUCUAGAGGCCAACCACUACAAAAUAGCAUCAUUUUUAGCGGAAUUGGACAGAACACAUAAACCUGCUCAUAAAUUUUCAAAAUAUAUAGAACAAACCAGAGAUAAACAGGGAAUGACUGUUAGUGUUUUAAAGUUACCAAUGAAUCUGGCAACAGAAGGUAGAACAGGUUAUGAUGUCACCAAUGUAACCAUAGGAGCACUCGCUAGUGAUGAACCAUUUGAUGAUGAUGAUUUUGACGAUGACCCCUCCCCAGAGCCUCAGAAUCACAGAAUCAUGGGUCGGUGUAAGGCCUUAUUUGACUAUACAGCUGGACAGCCUGAUGAACUUGUUUUACAAUGUGGUAAUAUUAUCAACAUUUAUGAUAAACAGCCAGACGGCUGGUGGCAGGGGGAAUUGAAUGGAAGAGUGGGUAUGUUCCCAGCCACUUAUGUUGAAGAAAUCUAAAUGUGAUUAUGGACAAACAGGUGGUGAAGAGAACAGCUAUUGUUUGGUGGAUCCACAGAUACAGAUAUUAGGGUUUAUAUGAAAAUUGGUAGUUUGAAGUCAGCUGGAAUAUCUCAAACAUAUACUUUAUCUUACUGAAUCUGAAGAAAAAUGAGAUUAUGAUUGUGAAAGUUUGCAAUUUGCUUUUAGCAUUAGUUUGAGAAAAUAAGGAAGACAGAUUGUCAUGAUUGUCUUAUAUAUUUACAUACAGAAUAAAUGCCUAAUGGCCUUUCCAUAUAGUACCAGUAGUCAGUGCAACUUUACCAUCAUUUUCAUAAUGUUGAUCAUAAGGUAUACCUCUUUUGACUAUAACCUCGUUCAGCAAGAAUGUUAAAGAAUAACUUGGUUAGGUGGCUUGCUAUACCAGUUAGUUGGUAAUUAUUAGAAAAACUCUCUAUUGACCAGGCUGCCACUGGUCUUUCGUUUUUAGUCACAAGUGUGUCAAUUACACGCUGGAUGCUAACAGUUAUUUUCUUUUAUAAUGAACUUCAAGGCCCACAUUUAUCAGUGUUGUAAAUCUGAAAUUUACACAUAUUUUAAAACAUAAAAAGAUCAAGUUUUUUAAAGAUAGGUCUGUACUGUUAUUAGCAGAUAUUUUUAAAAGUUGCAUGAAAAAACUAUUCAUAUAACAAAUUCAAAAAUUAUGGUAACUGAAUAUUUACCAAUUUAAAGUGCAAGUCUAAAUUUCAGAUGUUGACGAAUGUGGGUCAAGAGGUUUAAUAAGAUAUUUUCAGCUCAAUAGAUAACAGCCUUUGAUUAACCAAGGAAGAAUAAAAAUAAUGAUCUGAAAUAAGCUGCCUCUAAAUAUAAAUGUAUAUGUUUUACAAUGUUUACCUCUAUGCAAAACUAUAGAUCUGUUAACAUAUUAGUGAAAAGGAACAGAGCCUUAAAAUUUAUCAGUUAGUGAUGAUCUUUACCUGUUCUGUAUAUUAAAUUAACUUAGAAAGAUCUGUAGAAUAAAAAAGAUCUGAAAUUCUCGUGAGAAAUAUAGAGCCAAAUCUUGUUAAACUUAAUCAUAACCAACAUAAUGUUGAGUAUUGAUGGAGAUGCUUGUUUUGCACUUCAAUUAAUAAGCGUCUAUCCCUUUCUUAAAUGAUCAGAGUGUUAUGUGAUUUUCAGAGAAAUCAGCUAGUUAUGUUUCUAUUGUUUAUUAUUUCUUUGACCUGCAAUAGUUAUAGGGAUCUGAAAAGUGGGGGGCGCUGUUUUAAAAUUUCUAUAUGGGAAGUGUAGGAAAAAGUUAGUUAAACACUGUCUAGCUGUUAUAAAGAAAUUCUCAUUACAGUUAUUUAAAGUGUUCACUAUGUUUGCAAUGUUCAUAUUGUUCCUGCCAUUUUAUCUAUCUGUUCAGCUUAAUUAUUGUACUGAUAUUGCUUAUUUAAUUUCACUUAACACUUUUCAUUUAUCCCUUAGAUGUGUUGACUGCCUAGUUCAUUGCUGUAAAAAUCAAGUUUUAUUACAUGAUUUUAGAACACUACCUGUUACAUUCUUUUCUGUGCCUACCUAAAUGCUUUAAUUUUUUUCUGUAUGCCUAUUAUUUGUCAGACAACAGGGCUCUCUGAAGGUUUAUAAAGCCUUAAAAUUUGCUUGGCACGUAACUUUUACAGUUCUACAUAAUGUUUAAUUAAACAUAUCUGUCAUGUUGCACUGGAAAAAUAGGACAUUUUGGUUUUAAACAGUGAAAUGAAGAAAAAAUUGUAUACGGUGAAAGUAUUUUCAGAAUUUUCUAUUGGAAAUGUCACUUGUGAAAGUAUUGGAUCUGGAUUAUAGAUGUUUUGAUCUUUUACUGAAACAAACAAAUAUACAUCCUCUAUAUGACAAGGAUAUUUUAAUAUAAUGCAGGAUAGUAUGCUGCUGUUACUAGAUUAUGACACUUGUUGACAUUCACACUCCCUGGUCAGUAAAGCUGUGCAACAAUAGAUCUAUAUAUUAAUGUAUUGUUGUGUGUGAUUGUUCACUGUUUCUGCAGUGUUAUGUGUGCCACAUUGUUUAAUCCAUUUUUGAAUUCCACAACACAGUAUGCUGUAUAAAAUUCUUGUAUAACUUACCUUUUUGUAUUUUGAACAGGUUCUUAAAUUGCUAGUCGCCACAUUAAAGGGAACGCACAUUUUACUGAGAAUGAUGUAAUUUGUCAUGUGUUAUGGGUUACUUUUUGUAUUAUUUUUCCUUAAGUACCAAAUAUGCAUUUAAUAUAUUCAUACUUUCUGAAACAAAAUGAUUAUAUUUCAAGAAUCUCCCGAAACCAUUGUUUGAAUAAACCAUGAUUUUGUUAAAUCUAAUUCAUGAUUUUAAUCAGAUUAAUCUUAUUAUGAGCCGCACCAUGAGAAAACCAACAUAGUGGGUGUGCGACCAGCAUGGAUCCAGACCAGCCUGCGCAUCCGCGCAGUCUGGUCAGGCUCCAUGCUGUUCGCUUUUAAAGCCUAUUGGAAUUGGAGAAACUGUUAGCGAACAGCAUGGAUCCUGACCAGACUGCGCGGAUGCGCAGGCUGGUCUGGAUACAUGCUGGUCGCAAAGCCACUAUGUUGGUUUUCCCAUGGCACGGCUCUUAUCUUGAUAAAGCUUACCCAUGAUUUUGAUCAGUUAAACCCUUGAUUUAUACAUCUCACCCAUAAUUGAUAACUCUUACUCAUGAUUUUUUAUCAAUUUAAACUUUUUUCUGUUAAAUCUAACACAAGAAUUAAUAAAUCUUGAGGAUAAUCGGUGAUUUUAAUGUGAUGACUUGCAAUUAUAUCUGGCAUUAAACAUUUAUUAUAAAGCUGGGUGGAAACAAAUAUUUAUGUAUGUUUGUUAUUGGAGCAUAAAAUGCAUUUACUUUGUUGAUGUACGUCAGUGUUUUCAGUUGUGUGUUGUCAAGCCAAAAGGGACCAUCUAGCAGAUAACAUUAAUAGGGAAUGAAGUUAAAGUUAUGUAUAAUUUUUCUGUUUAGUGCCGCCAAUAUUUCCUUUAAUAUCCCAGUGCAUUUUUUGUGUCCAUUUUCCCAUACUUGCAAAUACAACAUUUGAAGAAUAAAUAGAAUUUAGACAAAUUAGAAUAAUAAGAAAAUUCAGGUAAGUUUGUUACAGAAUAGGGAUUUUUCUGAGAAUAAAUUACAGAAUUUAAAAUUGCAGUAAACAUGAAUUUUCAUGUCACUUUAUUUAUUAGGUUUUAGGUGUGAAGGCAAUUAAAAAAUCUAGAAUUUUAAACAUUUUUCUGGUAUGUUGGUUAAUGUUCCAAAUAGUAUUUUCAUGAAUUUUAACACGUUUUACAUUCUUAUACCCAAGUCAUCAAGAAAUAAGAUUAGUAAAAUUUUCCAUUGAGAACUCUGAAGUCUAUUAUGUUUUAGACAAAUUUGGGACCAGAUAAAAUCUCCAUUCAUUUUGUUAUGUUUCUUCCAUACACAGUAAAAAAAAAGCCAGUAUUGAUAACAUCUGUAGAAAUCAUAUAUGCCUCAUACCACAAAACAAACUGCUUAGAUAUAUUGAUUAUAGGUAGGGCAGUUAUAUGAAAUUUUAUUCACUUGAAACUUGCUGUUAUGCGAAUUUGUAUAGAUGUACAUACUUUCUGAAGGAAGUAAACUUUUUUAAGAUUUUAAAGAAGGAAAUUUCAUGAAGCAUCAUACUCCACCUUAAAAUAUAGAUUAAAAGCCCUGUGUAAAAUAGUGUAAAAUAACAAGUGUUAACCCUCCAUUUUUCCGAAACAUGUUUAUUACCCCUAGCAUUUUUGUUCCCUCCCCACCCCACACUUCUCACUACUCCUUUUUUAGUUGGAAUGGGUUUUUUGGGGGCACUUAGAUUAAUGCUUGGACAUAUGUCUGUCCGGAUGUCAGUCAGUCUGUCUGAAUUUGUGUCAUGAAUAUCUCAAAAAGUAUUUAACAUAGAGUCAUUGACAUCAUAGGAUUAUUAUUCAGCAUGUGAAGUUGUGCACCUGAGCUCUUGUUAAGGACUUCCCUCAGCCAGACCAGAGUUGUGGCCCGAGACUUAGUCAAAAAUAUGCAUAAAAGGCUUAAAAUUAUGUGUAGCAUGUUUCUCAAAAAGUAUUUGACCUAUAGUCCUGCAGCUAUAUAGUUCAGCACCUGCAGUUUUAUUCAUGAUUUACCUCCCCCAUCUCCAUCCUUUUCCCCCCUCCCCCUAAAAAAGUAAAUAAAAAAUGUUUAUGCUUUUAGUUUUAUUUAUCUUGUGUUUCUUGAUGAUGUUUUGUAGUAUCCAUACCCCCAACCAAAGGUGAUAUGAAAGUUUAUUUAGUCUUGCAUUGUCAACAAGUAACUAAUAAUUAGGUAGUGACAGAAAGUCAGGCCAACUGUGUCCUGAAGAUACACAUCUAGUUGUUUUUGGAUGAUUUCAGUCUCAGUUACUAGUACUUCAUAAAGACUAUGCAUUCUUUGGCAGCUCUGCUUUUUACUUGAUUUCUGAAUGUAUGAAAAUAUAUUACAGAAUCUCCCAUCAGCAUAAAAUAUUGAAUCUGACUAAUUAGCAUUAAAACACAUUCUAUUUACAAUCAGAAGUAAAAAGUACCAUAUAAAUUUACCAUAGAAGUUGGUCAUGUUUCUCUUAUUUACAAUGCAGGUGGUAUAAGGUGUAGAACCAUUAAUCCAACCUCAUAGUUUUUUAACUAUGAAUGAUUUUUUCAUAUAUUUUAUAUUCAUGUAGAAUUAUGUGGAUUUUCUGGGAUUUUCUACAUGAUGUAUUAAAGUUGAUAAAAAAAACAAUGUCACUGAGUCCAUAGCAAUUUUAUUUGAAUUUCUAUUAACAAUUACAUCAGGCUGCAUGUUGAUUCAGUUUUGAUCAGAAAGGUAAAUAUUGUUUUCUAAAUUUGUUUCGUUUAUAUACGUAGAAAUACAAAUUAUACCGCCAAUGUUGUUUUUUUCAUUGCAUUCUGAAGUAAUAUUUGUUUCUUGUAGAGGAAAAGCAAUCAAGGAAAGACAAUCGCCUUUUAGAAUUAGAAUGACAUGCCAAAUCAUAUUAAAUAAUACUAAUGUGAAGUAAUGUCUUUCUGCUGUCUGCCAUUGAAACUUUAGCGGAAUGGCAGGUUAUAGUGAGCUAUGUUGUGCUAAAUCUUGUUUUCAAUUCUGACCUCAACAACCCUUAGUAACAUGAAGUGUUCUUUGUUACCAUGCUCAAAAUGUAUGUUGAUAUCUCAACAAGUACAAACUAUAUUUUAUAGAUGUUUUCAAUUAAUAUUGCAAUUAGGUUAAGGUAAUUUGAUAUGAAUUGUUGUUGUUUACUUUUUUACUUUUCCUGGUAUUGUGUUUUUAUAUUGCCAGUGGAAUAGCAUUUGGAUCAACCCUCUAUUAGUCUACUUGCAUGGUCUGUAGAUAGAAGCAACAAAACUACUUGUCUGAUAUGAGAUUGUAUCAAAGUUAUUUAAAGAAUUUUGACUGAAUAACUAUUUGUGGUGGGGUAUCAAAAUUUCCAUUCAUAUCUUGCCUUUUAUUUUGCUUUGGGUGUUAUUUCUUACCUUGAAGUCUAGUAAUUCACCUUUUGGACCGUGAAGUCAGUUCAAGAGGCAAGUGAUGUGAAAUUAAUACCUCAACUUUAAUAUAAUAGCCUUUUUAGCUCGACUAUUCAAAGAAUAGUCUAGCUAUUCUACUCACCCUGGCGUCGGCGUCGGCGUCACACCUUGGUUAAGUUUUUGCAUGCAAGUACAUACAGCCAUCAAUUAAAGGCAUAUAGCUUUGAAACUUAUUUUUUCUUUUUCUAGAUCAAUUACCAACCUCUCUGUGUCAAGUCCUAUAACUCUGACAUGUAUUUUGAGCAAAUUAUGCCCACUUUUGGACUUAGAAAAUUUUGGUUAAAGUUUUGCAUGCAAGUACAUACAGCUAUUUCUAAAAGGCAUAUAGAUUUGAAACUUAUUUUUUCUUUUUAGCUCGACUAUUCGAAGAAUAGUUUAGCUAUUCUACUCACCCUGGCGUCGGCGUCGGCGUCACACCUUGGUUAAGUUUUGCAAGUACAUACAGCUAUCAUUUAAAGGCAUAUAGCUUUGAAACUUAUUUAUUCUUUUUCUAGGUCAAUUACCAACCUCACUGGGUCAAGUUCCAUAACUCUAACAUGUAUUUUGAGCAAAUUAUGCCCCCUUUUGGACUUAGAAAAUUCUGGUUAAAGUUUUACAUGCAAGUUACUAUCUCCAAAACUAAUGCAGAUAUUGAAUUUAAACUUCACAUGUGUCUUCGGGGUUAUAAAACUAGUUGAUAGCACCAAGUCCCAUAACUCUGACCUUCAUUUUGGCCAAAUUAUGCCCCCUUUUGUACUUACAAAAUUUUGGUUAAAGUUUUGCGUGCAAGUACAUACAGCUAUUACUAAAAGGCAUAUAGAUUUGAAACUUAUUUUAUCUUUUUCUAGAUCAAUUACCUACCUCAUUGGGUCGAGUCCCAUAACUCUGACAUGUAUUUUGGCCAAAUUAUGCCCCCUUUUGGAAUUAGAAAAUUCUGGUUAAAGUUUUGCAUGCAAGUACAUACAGCUAUUACUAAAAGGCAUAUUGAUUUGAAACUUAUUUUUUCUUUUUCUAGAUCAAUUACCUACCUCAUUGGCUCAAGUCCCGUAACUCUGACAUGUAUUUUGAGCAAAUUAUGCCCCCUUUUGGACUUAGAAAAUCCUGGUUAAAGUUUUGCAUGCAAGUACAUACAGCUAUUACUAAAAGGCAUAUUGAUUUGAAACUUAUUUUUUCUUUUUCUAGAUCAAUUACUUACCUUACUGGGUUAAGUCCCAUAACUCUGAUAUGUAUUUUGAGCAAAUUAUGCCCCCUUUUGGACUUAGAAAAUCCUGGUUAAAGUUUUACAUGCAAGUAACUAUCUCCAAAACUAAUGCAGAUAUUAAAUUGAAACUUCACAUGUGUCUUCGGGGUUAUAAAACUAGUUGAUAGAAUCAAGUCUCAUAACUCUGACAUGUAUUUUGGGCAGAUUAUGCCCCCUUUUGGACUUAGAAAAUCCUGGUUUAAGUUUUGCGUGCAAGUACAUACAGCUAUUACCAAAAGGCAUAUAGCUUUGAAACUUAUUUAUUCUUUUUCUAGGUCAGUUACCAACCUCACUGGGUCAAGUUCCAUAACUCUUAACAUGUAUUUUGAGCAAAUUAUGCCCCCUUUUUGACUUAGAAAAUUCUGGUUAAAGUUUUGCGUGCAAGUUACUAUCUCCGAAACUAAUGCAGAUAUGGAAUUGAAACUUAACAUCUUUCUUCGGGGUUAUUAAACUGGUUGAUAGCAUCAAGUCCCAUAACUCUGAUAUGCAUUUUGGUCAAAUUAUGUCCCGUUUCGAACUUAAAACUCUUUCGAUAUUUAACACUUUGGGUAAUAAUUGCCUGCUUCUGUGACAAUAUUUCGAAUAGUCGAGCUUGGCUGUCUUACGGACAGCUCUUGUUCUAGAUCAAUUACCAACCUCACUGGGUCAAGUCCCAUAACUCUGACCUGUAUUUUGAGCAAAUUAUGCCCCCUUUUAGACUUAGAAAAUUUUGGUUAAAGUUUUACAUGCAAGUUACUAUCUCCAAAACUAAUGCAGAUAUUGAUUUGAAACUUCACAUGUGUCUUUGGGGUUAUAAAACUAGUUGAUAGCAUCAAGUCCCAUAACUCUGACUUUCAUUUUUGCCAAAUUAUGCCCCCUUUUGGACUUAGCAAAUUCUGGUUAAAGUUUUGCGUGCAAGUACAUAUAGCUAUUACUAAAAGGCAUAUAAAUUUGAAACUUAUUUUUUCUUUUUCUAGAUCAAUUACUUACCUCACUGGAUCAAGUCCCAUAACUCUUACAUGUAUUUUGAGCAAAUUAUUCCCCUUUUUGGACUUAGAAAAUCCUGGUUAAAGUUUUGCAUGCAAGUACAUACAGCAAUUACUAAAAGGCAUAUAGAUUUGAAACUUAUUUUUUCUUUUUCUAGAUCAAUUACCAACCCCACUGGGUCAAGUCCCAUAACUCUGGCAUGUAUUUUGGGCAAAUGGUGCCCCCUUUUGGACUUUGAAAAUUCUGGUUAAAGUUUUACAUGCGAGUUUCUAUCUCCAAAACUAAUGCAGAUAUUGAAUUGAAGCUUCACAUGUGCCUUCGGGGUUAUAAAACUAGUUGAUAGCAGCAAGUCCCAUAACUGAUAUUCAUUUUGGUCAAAUUAUGCCCCCUUUUAAACUUAAAACUCUUUUGAUAUUUAACCUUUUUUGGUAAUAUUUUCCUGCUUCUGGGACAAUAUUUCGAAUAGUCGAGCUUGGCUGUUUUACGGACAGCUCUUGUUUGUCAUUUUGUUGAAGUUUCUCAGAGGUUAUUGUUUACAUGAAUAGAUAAAAAUGGCUUCUAACUUUAAGCAGUUCAGUGUUUGAGCCAAUGUUACACCUUGUGUAUGAAGACUUCAGUGGAUAGAGCAUAGAGUUGUUAAAAAACUGAAUAUACUAUGAUAAUCACAGUAAGUCACACACUGUGAAAUCACUGACUUUUAUGGGAACUAGUUUUGUUGGAUUUCACAGUUGAGUCAAUCUACGAAAUUAUAUCUCUUCAUAGCCUCUUGAAAUAAUCAAUUAAAAAGGCAUUUUGACCUAAACCACAACAUUUCAUGCCCAGGAGAUUAAAUGAUGUUACAGUAAUACAACAGAUGCAAAAACAGACUGUAGGUUUCUAGACCAUAUUGUGUUACCUGUACAUGAUAAUUGUAUUAAGGUUAAUACACAAUAUAUAAGUUGACUUGUUGUAUGAUAUUCUUGUUCUCCUUUUGUCUUCUUUAAGUUAAAUGUUAUAACUGGCCAGUGUGCAUUUACUCUCUGCCUAACUUCACAAACAGCUGUUGUUGUUGUUGUUGUCCAGAAUAGGGUGAGCAACAAUUAAUCUCUGGAAAAUGCUUCACCACAGAAGGUGCCCGACACAAAAAUGUGAUGAUAGUUAAUUUAAGGUAGUAUACCUGUGGCUACAGUCAGUAAUUUCUGUAAAAUUACAUACAUAUUUUUCAUGUGAUUUCAAAAUUUGCCUAUUGUUAGGAAACCGUUUCUUCUUUUAGCUUCAUUUUAGGAAGCAGAGUGCCAAAGAAUGCUUCAGUAACAUAAAAGAAUACAAAAUCACACAGAAGUUACAGAUUGUCAAUACAGGUACACUACCUUAAUAUGCCUAUUGUUGUAUAUUCUAUUACUGUUAUCCUGUUUGUUACUAGUUUAAAUUGCCAAUUUAUAUUUAGUCAUGAAGGCUUUUAGAGAAAUUAGUUAAUUGCUUUUUUAGCCAAAAUGUGUUUUUUUUUUUUUGUUUUUUUUCUCAUUUAUAGGUAUCAUCUGCAAUAUCAGCUUAUGAAUAAAUGUAAUAUGGGCUCAGCUACCUGUAAUUUUGUUAAUUAUGUUUUUUAUUAAUGAAACACACUGAUGAUUAGGAUAGUGGGGGAAAAUUCAAUGAAAAAUACUUCUUAAAAUUUUCAUUUUCAACAUAAAACAAUUUUCCUUAAUUUCUCUUUAAACCGGGUUGUAAGACAACAGGUCUAGUAUUGCACUGUAUCAGUAUUAUGGUUUGUACAGGCUCGGUCAGAAAUUUCAACAUUUUUAGUGUAGUAAGUCCUUAAUUUUCACAGUUGUUAAUCAAAUUUAGUCUUUAUAGAUCUUUUAACCUCUGCUGUAUAUUUUUGGCUGUGCUACAAAAAACAUCAGUUUUGGCCAAAAUUUUACAUUUUUGAGAGACUCGAGUUAUCAAUAUGGGCCGCAAGAGAAAUGGAAAUUAAGAUUUUUCCGAAAAAAGUCAGUUUUAAUUGAAACAUUAGGCAUUCUGUUAAAGUUUAUUUAUUUACAUUUCAGCUUGGCUAUGAAAAGGUAUUUAUAGAUUGGAAAAAAUAAACAUAGAUUAUUUAGUUACAAGACCUGUUAUCUUUAGACCCAGCUUGAAUUAAAUAUAGAAGAAAAAGCUGUGUUGAUAUAAAGCAAUCUUAAGAUAAUUAUUCUAGUGAUAUUUAUGUGUAUCAUAUGUAUAUUGUUACAAGUUGUAAUAUAUCAUUGUUGUUAUAAAAUAAAUGUAGAAUAUUU